AUGUCGAGAGAAGACCCCUUAAAAGCAGAGAAGGAUUUCUCCGCUACAUUGGAUGAGCAGAUCCCACACAUCGAAAAAAUUCCCGAUUACAAAAAUGCCAUCGACAGAUACUUGGUGUUGGAAAAGCAAAUUAGACAGUCCUCGGACUUGGCGCUGAGUAAACGAGUGCUUGCCAAAAUUGUCGACACUCUUGUCGUAAACAACGACUGGAACUUUUUGAAUGAGCUUAUCACGGUUUUGUCUAAAAAGCAUGGUCAAUUGAAGACCUCCAUACAGGUUAUGAUCCAGCACGUCAUUGAAAACUUGGGCAAGUUGCACAAUUCUGAAGAGAAGCAAUUGCAGCAAAAAAUAUACAUCAUCGAAACCAUUCGUACAAUCACCGAUAAGAAAAUCUUCGUUGAGGUUGAGAGAGCGGAAGUCUCCCGCAUCUUGUCUGAAAUAUAUCUCACAGAGAAAAAGGACUUGGACACCGCCACCGAGAUUUUGUGUGAGUUGCAAGUUGAAACGUACUCGUUGAUGCCUUUCGAGACAAAAAUUGAUUACAUCUUACAACAGAUGCAGUUGACUUUGAUCAAAAAGGAUUACGCACAGGCCAAAAUUCUCAGCAGAAAGAUUCUCUUGAAAACGUUGAAAAAUUUCGAGAGGGCUGAUGAGCUCAAAGCCACAUACCUUAGGUACUUGUUGCAAAUCAACAAGUUUGAAAAUGACUACAUCACUAUUGUGAAAAACAGUUUGCUCUUGGUCGAAAUUCCUGAGGUGAAAGAUUGCGAAGGUUAUAAAGAUUUGUUGACCUCAAUUGUCUACUACAUCAUUUUGUCUCCCUUCGACAACUACCAAUCCGAUUUGAUUCAUAACAUUAAGAGGAACGUGUUGAUUACGAAAAAUGUUGACCCCAAAAUCCUCCAUUUACUCGAUAUCUUCACGAAUAGCGAACUCAUUCAAUGGGAGAAAAUUGAAAUGGAAUACCGUCACGAUUUUUUUACCAAGUCUGAUGUGCUUGCAAAUAACGAAAAGAACAACAAAAGUUUGCAAAAUCGUAUCAUAGAGCACAAUUUGCGUGUCAUCAACAAAUUCUAUCUGUUCAUACAAUUGAAGAGAUUGGCGUUUUUGUUGAAUGUGAGUGAGAGAGAUGCAGAGACUUAUGUCAGUGAGAUGGUCAAUAAAGGAAUGAUUUCCGCCAAAAUCAACAGACCAAAUGGGGUGAUCAAGUUUGAUAAGUUGGAACACGGUACCGCUGCGGGGGCUUCUCAAAUAACAAGCAACAGUGAAAACAUUAAUGAUUUGUUGAACAGCUGGAUUCACGAUGUUGACAGCUUAUUGGAAGAAGUUGACAGCAUCGGUCAUCUCAUCAACAAAGAAGAGAUGAUGCACGGCAUCAAACAAAAGGCGUGA